AUGACCCCUUCCCCCAGGCGGGCUCGGGUGCACUUCAAGGCGAGCUAUAUCAACCUGUGUCGGGUGCCGACGGCAUCAAUGGCGGGUCCUGCAGCGACUGGGACCGACGAAACAACCGGUGUGAAGCAUCGUAUAGUAGCUAUUCGUAGUCAGAUUGACCUUGUCUAUGUCGAACCGAAGCCGGCGUGUCCGUCAACGCUCCCCGCGGUCAUCCCGGUAAUUCGAGAGUAG